AUGGCCGCCGAAAACGAUACUUUGAGAAUGGUUUUGCUUGGACCUCCAGGUGCUGGUAAAGGUACCCAAGCACCAAAUCUCGUCAACAAGUUUGGUGCUUGUCACUUGUCUACUGGUGAUAUGUUGAGAUCGCAGAUCUCCAAGAAGACAGAACUGGGUCUCCAGGCCAAGAAGAUUAUGGAUGCUGGUGGAUUGAUUUCCGACGACAUCAUGGUUGGUAUGAUCAAAGGUGAGUUGGAGAACAACCCAGCCUGUAAGAAGGGGUUCAUUUUGGAUGGAUUCCCAAGAACUAUUCCACAAGCAGAGAAGUUAGAUGCUAUGUUGGCCGAGAAAAAGAUUCCAUUGCAGAAGGCUCUUGAAUUGAAAGUUGAUGACGAGCUUUUAGUUGCUAGAAUUACCGGUAGACUUGUUCACCCGGCUUCAGGUAGAUCAUAUCACAAGUUGUUCAAUCCACCAAAGGUUCCAGGUAAGGAUGAUGUUACAGGUGAGCCAUUGGUUCAAAGAUCAGAUGAUAAUGCCGAUGCUUUGAAGAAGAGAUUGGCUACAUAUCACAAGCAGACCGAGCCAAUCGUUAAGUACUAUCAGAAAACAGGUGUUUGGGCUGCAGUUGAUGCUUCCCAGAAUCCAAAGAAUGUCUGGAGCGAUAUUUUGAAGUGUCUUGGUCAAUAA